UGUGUUACAUAAAAAAAACCCUUCCCAGCUGAAUGGUGGAUGCACUGUGAAAUGGGCCUGUUUGUGAAUGUGAUUGACUUCAAGCAACAGCCCAAGUUGAACUAUAAUUAUGGGAAAACAAUCAAAUCUCUAUCUGAGUUCAUACUAUACUGGUCCUACCACUUUUUUGUAUUAUAGCAGAACCUGUUUAGCAGCUUUAACUAAGCUGUGCCUCCUUUCUGCUUCUGGGUUAAAGAAAUGCAAACCAGUAGAGCAAGUUAGACUGAAAAGAAAAAUUAUGGCUUAUUGUCUGUGCAAGUUCACCCACACGGCUCACUUGUAUCUCGUGCAGACCAGCGCACUGUCUCCAGAUCCCGACUUCAGGCAAGCGACUGAGCUGGAGGAGUUCAGAGAGAGAAGGUGCUUCACCAUGCUGAGACAUAAAAGAUAAAAAAGGCACAAUCCGGACCUGAAAGCAGAAGAUUUGCACCCAAACCCGGGCUUCUCAUAUACCCUUGAACAUGAGCACAGACAGCUUUGCAGAGUUCCUGAACAAGCUCAAGGAAAUCCAUGAGAAAGAGGUCCUCGGCCUGCAAACAAAGCUAGCAGAGCUGACAACCCAGAAGUGUCGAGAUGCCCAGAGAAUCGAAGAGCUGUUUGCUAAAAACCACCAAUUACGGGAGCAACAGAAGGGCCUUAAAGAAAACAUUAAAGUUUUAGAAAACAGGUUGCGAGCAGGUCUCUGUGACAGAUGCAUGGUCACCCAGGAGCUGGCCAAAAAGAAGCAGAAUGAGUACGAGACCUCCCAUUUCCAGAGCCUCCAGCACAUCUUCAUUCUCACUAACGAGAUGAACAGGCUGAAGGAGGAAAAUAAAACUCUGAAGGAAGAGCUGAAGCGGUUGCGAAGUCUGGACGGUGACAGGGCCAAGCGUCAGCGCUCCCUCUCCAGAGAAAGCAGCUCAACCCCUGACUCUCCCUUGGCUCUGCUCUCCCCUGGGAGCCGAAACGCCGGCACAGACAAGGCAGCUAGCAGAGAAGCAGAAGAGACCCACCAUGAACUGCCCAGCCAGGACCUGGAAGAAGAGAAGUCUGCAAGACGGAGGAGUUCCCCAGGAAGCAGGAUUUCCCCAAGUGCCACUGUCCAAGAAGCCUCUGUUCCAGAAACCCCUGCCCAGAGGAUAGCAAACCAGCUGCAUGGGACCAUCGCCUUGGUGAGACCUGGAUCCCGGCCUUGCCCCCUCGGGAAAACCUCUGGCGAGACAGCAACGUCACCACCAGCAAGGAAGCCCCUGCUCUCACCAGAGCGCGAGUACAGCCCCAGCCUGGAGGUUUACUUGAGAGCAAGCAAGCCGGAUUCCCACCAGGCAGCUUCUUCCUAUGAAGCGCUGAAGCUGACCGCACGGAAGGAGCAGCUCUGCCUCCUGAACCAGCACCUGUCCCUGCACCAGCUUGGACUCAGGGGCAAGUGCCCUGCCACCAACAGAAGCAACAGCUGCCCAAGCCCCCUGUUUCGGGCCAGGGAGGCGGAAGGCAGGACACGGGCGCAGGACGAGUGGGAGGAUCCUGCGGCCAUUUUCGAGCUGCCUGGGGCCGUGGUGUAUAUGAGGGAUCAGCACUUAGAGGGCCAGCUCCAGCUCCUCAAGCACAGGGAGAAGCUGCAGUGCUUCCUGAGCCACCAGCGUCAGCGAGAGGUCAGGGAUCUCCAUCCAGGUGUUGCCCCCCCAGCGGACACGUGGCCACCUUCCCCGCACCAGGGCACGGCCGCGGGAGGCAAAGAGGACGGGUCAUUACUGAAGGAUCCCUUGGAAGGGAGAGAAGAGAAACACCCUUGGUUAAACAGGGACCACUUGGAGCAAAGGGAGGAGACAGAGGCAGCAAAAGACUGUGCCAUGGACACACCUCUGGACCUGUCCGAUUAUGGAAGAGGGAGGGAAAGCCUGAAGCCCACCCGCUGGCACCAGUCCCCCAAGCAGGGUGAAGCUCACAGCCGAGGUCCCGAUCCUCAGGCGGGCAUGCUGCCGAGAGCAGGAGCUGAGAAAUCCCACCUUGCCUCCAGCCAGCGCCUGCACACCACCCCACCCCCUGUGACACAUGAGUCUGAGCGGAUCAGGGCCAAAGAGGAGGAGGAGGAGAAGGAUGUGGCGGCCACACUGGUCCUUUCCUCAUGCGGACAUCCCACUAGCAAGUCAGCAUCACAUGAGCCGGAGCUGGAUCCAGAGACCAGGAUAAGAACAUGUCUUAUGGCACAAAAGCAAGAACCAGGUGCGCAGCCAGAGGACGAUGAAGCGGAGUCUGUGAAGCAGGAGUCGGAUGAGCCGGACACGACAGACAGCGAGGUAGUGGCCACGUUGGAGCAUGACCCCCACCAGGAAGCUCCGGCUGAAGAAGAGCAGUUCUGCACAAAGGACAAAGCUCAGGUUUUGCAAAAGAAAAGGAAAAGAGGGCAGGAUCCCCAAGCCAAAGCUGUGCAGUUAACUCCUGUGGUCAUCAUCUCAUUAACAGAGUAUAAGAAGUCAGUGAGAGCGAGAAAGAAAGUCAAAGUGGCCCAGGCUCCAGCUGAUGCACCAGGAAUGGCAAAGGAAACAGACAACAGCCGCCCGGCUUCCAGCAACGAGGAAUUGUAACAGAGAGCUGACACUGUAGUCCUUGGACCAGGAGCCGAAGAUCCCAGCAUUUGACACCCAGCUGUGAUAGUGUCUCCUUCUGUGACCAUAGGCAACUCACUGAACUGCCCUCCUCUGGCUUCCCCACCUGCAAAAUGGGAAUAAAGACUCUUCUAUAUCACA